GGAAAGCCGGAAGAGUUCGUUUACUGCCCAGUGAUGCCCCGAUGUCUGCCACCUUAGCAAAGUGCUUUUAUUUCCACUGAAAGAUGUAACCCCCUUUGCCCAGCUUGUUUGCGUCGCAAAAGCGACAAUGUAAGAGAGGUGGUAGAGAAACCCCGAAAGUGUCGAACCUAUCAGUGAUGGGGCAGACAAAAUUAUAAUGGAAGUGGUGGACUGCCGUUCCCAUCGCUGCUUUUAAGUUAGCAUGGCCAGUGAAAUAAAGCCGGGUGGGGGAGUAGCUUCUCGGCGGCGUAAGACAGGAUCCUAAUGACGGAAUUGUGCCCCAAAACAUUUCAAAGGAAUUAGAAAAAACAUGUUUGGGAAAAAUAAGAGAAAAAUAAUGGACAGUAUUGGACCUAAUGGUGCUUCCCUUGUGGUCUCUUCCUCCCACAUCUUUUCUUUGAGCUGAACAUGUUUCAAAACAUUGGAUCACAGGUUGAGCAGUUGACAGAAGAACAAAAAAAUGAAUUUAAAGCCGCUUUUGAUAUAUUUGUCCUGGGCGCAGAGGAUGGAUGUAUCAGCACAAAGGAGUUGGGGAAGGUAAUGCGCAUGCUGGGACAGAAUCCUACCCCUGAGGAGUUACAGGAGAUGAUUGAUGAAGUAGAUGAAGAUGGCAGUGGUACAGUAGAUUUUGAUGAAUUCUUAGUUAUGAUGGUCCGGUGUAUGAAAGAUGACAGCAAAGGAAAAUCAGAAGAUGAACUUUCAGAUCUCUUCAGAAUGUUUGAUAAAAACUCAGAUGGAUACAUAGAUCUGGAUGAACUAAAGCUCAUGUUACAGGGUACAGGAGAAACCAUCACUGAAGAUGACAUUGAGGAGCUAAUGAGGGAUGGCGAUAAAAAUAACGAUGGCAAGAUUGACUAUGAUGAAUUCCUGGAGUUUAUGAAAGGCGUUGAGUAAACAUGAGAAAUUUUGAAGGCAGUAUCUUUAUUUGAACAUCUUCGGUGUUGUCUUUUGAUAUUUCAUCUGAUCUGCUUCUCUUAUUACUUUCAUGAAGUUAUGUUGAACAUUGUGAAAAUCAGGAAAACAUGACCCAACUCUUUUUAAGUGCCUCAAAUGGUUAAUGGACAUUGACUGAGCCAGAUUAUUAUGUAGUAUAAUAAUGCCAUAUGCCAUGGCUUCAUCAUACCUAAAAAUGAUUCUUAAUAGAUGACUAGGUUCUGCUGAUUACAGUGAAAAAUAACACUUUAGUAACUACUGAAACAUUUAAGUUAUUAUCAAACAUUUUCAUUUAACAUUGGGACGUGCUUUUUCUUUUCUGUACCUCAUUGUUUGCCAAGUUAAAGUAUGUAAAAAACACUGUACAAAAAAGUU